AUGAAUCAAAAUGGGACUCGACUAUGUUAUUCUGUAAGAGAGGUACCUCCUACAAGCUUUGUUUCUGCACCUGCUAACUAUAAGCGCGCAAGCAGUCAUUGCACUUAUACCAUCCCUGCAGCGUCGGCACUGACAGUGCUGUACUAUCCAUUCUUCACUGCACAAGAUCGAUGCAAGAUAUGCAUCCUAAUUACGAUUGCCAUACUCGCGACGCUCCCGUGGGAUUCCUACCUCAUACGGUCCGCUAUCUGGACUUAUCCGCCAGACGCAGUAGUCGGCCUCAAGAUACUUGAUAUUCCGAUUGAAGAGGUUUUCUUUUUCGCCAUACAGACAUACAUCACGAGCUUGACAUACUGUAUCUUCACUAAGCCGCUUGUGCGACCCAUGUACCUUCGGUCACAUCUGGAGAGACGUGGAACAAGAUAUGUGGUAGCAACUGUCAUUUUGGCAUUGAUGGGUGGUGGGACAGCGUGCCUGCUGUUGGGACGGCGUAUGACUUACCUAGGCCUGAUUCUUGUGUGGGCGUGUCCUAUCCUGCUAUUCCAGUGGAUGAUGUCUUACCCUUUUCUAUCCGAACUUCCCUGGAAACCAACAAUCACCUCAAUCUGCCUCCCCACGCUACACCUCUGGUUUGCAGAUUCACGUGCUAUGGGUACCGGGACUUGGAGGAUCGAGGAGGGCACAAAAUUGAACUUUCGUAUCGGAGGUCUAGAACUUGAAGAAGCGCUCUUCUUUCUGGUGAGCAAUAUGAUGGUCGUGUUAGGACUGGUUGGGUGUGACUACGCAUACGCUCUUCAAGAAUACGAAUCCCUAUCACAGCCAGCGUCAGACGUCUACAUUACAUUAAGAAAAGCACUGUCCUUAUUGGCCAGGCCGCUUCCAAUUGACGCAUCUCUCAUAUCUGCAUUGUCCCAGGCUGUAUAUCGUCUGCAAGAGAAGAGUCAGAGCAUGUUUCUCGGCAGCGCAUUAUUCCAGGGUCAGCUGCGCAUUGAUCUGAUAUUCCUGUACUCCUUCUGCCGCGUCAUGGAUGAUCUCAUUGACGAAGCCGAGGAUGAACAGGAGGCCAGAUUUUGGGUUACAGAGUGCAGGCAUCUCCUAGAUUCAACCCAUCGCAGUGAACCACAUUCCGACCACUUUUACACUGGUAAAAAGGGGGAGGAACAUGAAAGACUACGUCAAUCUAUCAGCUACCUUCCUCCCUCACAUCUAUCUAAUGACUCUUUUGAUGAUCUUUUAAAAGGGUUUGAGAUCGACCUCAAAUUUAAUCCCCAGAGAGAAGCUUUCCCGAUCCAGUCGGAGUAUUGUCUAGACCAAUACGCAGGAUUUGUAGCUGGCACUGUCGGUGUACUGGUCUUCGACCUUACCUUAUUCCAUUGCGGUCAUUACUUUAUCCAGGAUGUACCGCGAUUGAGGCGAGCGGCCAAGGAUAUGGGGAAAGCCAUGCAAUGUCAGCCGAGGGGCGAUGGAGGAGCUACCUCGGGGCGUAAGAGAGCCAUUGCGGGCAACCGUGGCGAGCUAUAUGGAUAUUGGACUACUGCUGAGGGAGCGGAAAGGCACAAGCCUGGCGCAAGCGUCGAAGAUGAAGGUGCCUUUGGUGCGACGGCUAAAAGUUGGUUGGCUGGCGAUGUUAUAACUGAACUCUGUCACUGCUUCAUUCAGGCCGAAUAUGUGAUUUAUCUCGUCAGGCAUCAGAACGCUAGUGCUGACACUCUUGUCCUAUUGUCAGCUCUCGUCUAUCGGCUGGAAUGA